AUGCGCCUCCGCUCUCUGCGGCACUGCGCCACCGCAGCCGCUCUCCUGCUGCCCCCCGCACCACUCGCUGCGGCAGCUCACGUCCCGUCCGCUCCCCACCGUCUCCACGUACACGACACGCACGCGACGCCGCAGCUGCACCGCAAACUGACCGCUACGGCCGCUGUGAGCUCCACGGACCACACGUGCCCCGUGUGCGGCAUGUCGACGCUCGACAGCGGCUACGCCAAUGCCAACUACGUGACGCUCACGCACGGGCAGAAGAUCUACUCGUGUGGAAUGGCCGCGCGCCCGUUCCCCAGCUACGGCUCCAAGUUGACCGACACGGCCUAUUUGGCCGCCAACAUGGCCGAGUUCAUUGUCAAUCCGACGGACAGGAGCGCCUACGCCAAGUGCAGUAGCACCUGCGACGAGUGCGCAGACGGCGUCAACGACCCCAUGUCGGGCGCUGCUGUCAAGACGGACACGUACGUCUACGUGUGCCUGAAGAACGGGCAGAAGAUCUAUUUUGCGUCGCAAGCCAACAAGAACGCGUACCUUACCAGCGUCAAGACAGGGCCCCGCUAUCGAGUCGAUACGGUCAUUUGCGAGGGAGCGCCGUGCUCGGACGCGGCCGCAGUCACGACGCUGAGUCCAGCAGCGCAGAGGUUCGUGCCGGACUUGUCGUCGUCGAGUGCACGCGGUACGGCUGCGGCCCCGUCGACGUCGCCGUCCCGUAGCACCGCUACCACUGAAACGGACGAGUCGUCGACUGGUUCGGACUUUUGCUCGGGCCAGGGGUCGGUCAUGUUCAACGGCUUCCAGCUGUCUAUGAACGGGUCGUGCGUGAUGCUGCUCUUCCAGCCGUGGGUGCUCAACAGCGGCGGGAAGUACGCGAUCGGCUUCAUCGCCUGCUUUCUGAUUGCACUGCUCAACGAGACGCUGGUGAAGGGACGGGAGAUGGUGCGGCAACGGCUGCUCGCGGCACGGAAGCUCCGUCCUAGUGACAAGCUCCACAAGAUGCAGUGCAAGCUCCUUCUCGCGGUGUUGUACAUGAUUCAGAUGACGGUCGCGUACUUUGCGAUGCUCGUGGUCAUGACGUACGAGACGGGUCUGUUCCUCGCCCUGAUCGCCGGCUUUGGCACCGGUUUUGUGCUCUACAAGAAUCUGGACCAGGACGUCACGGAAGAACGUGGUGCAUGGCGGUUCACGGACCCUUCGACGGUGCGGAUCCAAGUGGGCGGCAUGUCGUGCAUGAAGAACUGCGGCACAACGGUAGAGACUGCACUGAAGAACACGCCCGGUGUGACGAAUGCAGUGGUGGUGUUUGUCGAGCGCGCGGCUUAUGUCUCUGGAUCGGCGCAAGUGAGCGACCUGAUGGAGGCCGUCGAGGCCGUCGGGUUUACUGCUGAGAUGAGCAGUGUCCAGUAUGCACAUCGAAGCAGCGAUCCUCAUCACGCUGAAUGCCGCAAGGACGUGUGA